AUGUGUUGGUCUGAUUCAAAUGAAGAAAACCCUUGACUGUCUGUGUUAAGUGAAGAAUUUGAAAGUAAAUGCAUAUUAAAAAAGCUUGCAAAAUAUGGUAUUGAAAUAUUCGAGCACUACCUCCCCCUCAAUCUCGAACACAUCUUAAAACACCUAAAAUUAGCUGGUGGACGUUGUUUAAAGAACCAACAGCACCAUGCAAGGAGCUAAUAAGGUGGCUAUCUGGGUCAUUACUGGCCUGAUGGCCGUACUCACCAUGUUCUUCAACCUGUUCAUCUUCCUGAUGAGCCUGAAGAGCUAUAAGCAAAACAAACACUGGACCCCCUGUGAGACCAUCAUCACAGCCCUGUCCCUGGCCAAUGGAGCUCACCAGCUGCUCUGCUAUCUCUGGAUGACCAUGAUCGAAAUAGACAAAGACUGCCGACUGGAAGAGCUGUUCUACUCCUUAAUGAUAUUGACAGUGUUCAGCCUCAAGUUCACCAUCAUGUGGACCACCUCCUUCCUGACCUUCUACUACAGCACCAAGCUAGUCAUCGAGCCCAUCCACUGCUACACCAAGAUCCAGGAGGCCAUCCUGAAGCACGUCACCACUGUGGUCCUGGUCAUCCCUAUGUGUGGUCUCAGCACGUGUCUGCCCAUGCUGACUGUCCUCGUCCCUGAGAACAACACAUCGGAAAACAUGGACUGCGGUUCCAUCAUGCCUGAUGACACCCCUGGCAUGAUCUAUAACACUGUUUAUCUAGUCCUCUCUAACAUCCUACCAGGAAUUCUGAUGGUAAAGUGUUGCAUAUCCAUCUCUGUUCACCUGGGCAUCCAUCUCCAGCACAUGAAGGCCAGUACCAAUGGUUCCCACGCACCCAAGCUGGGCUCUGAGAUGCGGGUGAUACGCAUGACCCUCGCCCUGGUGGUUGUUUUUCUCUGUUUCAUGGUGGUUGAUCUAUAUGCGUACUAUCAGGUGACGGUGAAGAAAGAGAAUGCUAUUCUGCUCUCUUUUCUCUUCACCUCCAUCUAUACCACUUUCAGUGCCUUGGUUCUUAUCUACGGUAAGAAGACAUUCUGGAAGGUUCUCCUCCACUCUUACAAUGUCGGCCUGGAUGAGUUUCCCUGUCUGUCCUGCCUAAAGGUGCCAGAGACCAAACGCAAACCCAACUCUUCUCACACAGUCAAACACUGAGUCAUACCAUGGUAGCCACAAUGGUCUUGGGUACGUUAAUUUAACAUGUUGCGGUGAGCAUUCUGGCACAAAAAUGGUCACUGUGCAUCACCCAGGUGGGUGCCCCACAUUGGUGGUGAUGAGGUGAGUUUCCCCCUGCUAUGUAAAGCGUUUUGAGUAUCUCUGUUAGAAGAAAAGUGCUAUAUAAAUCCAAUUAAUUAUUUGCAUUAUUAUGUUUGGAUAGUAUGGAUUUAGAGUCAUCUGCUUGUCUGACCACUUAACUUCAUCAUUAGGUUCAAUGUGUUGCUUGUUUUUCCAGGCAUAAACCUAUAUUAGAUAUAUAAAAUAACAUGUGAAUAAGUAAUAUUUUAGCUAACAGCCCUGUCUCUAUUGUUUACUGUUCUUCUCAGUAUAAUUAAGAAUAUUUUUCAAUGAGGUGUAGUUAUUAAUUCAUGAAUAACCUGACUUUUGCCAUUACAGAUAUUGAUUAAAAUAUGUACAGUCCAUAUUAAUAUCAUGGCUACUCAUAGGGCUUUGCCAUAGC